AUGGAUCAGACUGACUCUUCUGUGAAUGGAGGUGUGCUCAUCGUCCACCAGCUCAAUGAAGGAAAGCACCAGUAUAAUGUGGAAAACGUCUACAAGAAACAGAUUGGGAAGAAAAUGUUUGUCAGGAGAGGGGACAGGCUGAUGCAGAUCAACGGUAUGGACCUGCAGGAUCUCCCACCGGAGGAGUUGGCAGGGAUGUUAGCGGAGGGGAAUCCGAUCCUGAUGGUGCAUGAGCAGAAGAAGAAGAAGAAGCACGAGGAGCUGCCGUCCGGCGAUGACAACACUUUUUAUCCAGUUUCUAAGGAAUCCAGAAUGCUCAGUUUCUGCAUGGAGAUGAGGAGGGAGGAGGAGAAUGAAGUGGUAGAAGAAAGUGAGAAAGGGUGUCCAGAGGAGAAUGCUGGUCAAGGUGAAAGUGAGGAGAACGGGGAGAAGAGGGACAUGCUCAUCGUUACCAUGACAAAAACCAGCAUCUCCGUAGUGGCAGGGCGGGGGUGCAGCUCCGUGAGUUCUUGUCAGGGAUGUGAAGGGAAAGGAUGUAACUUCAACGAUGUUGUCAUUGUGUCUGACUCAAGCACAGUGACGCUUGUUCCAAGAGGAGGCAGCAAUUUCAUUGAGGUUCAGUCGUUGAACGCUUCAAUCAAGCAUGUGGCCACCCACAAUUACCUGAGAACCCUGUGCUCACACAAAUCCCUCUACGCUUCACCUAAUCCAGAGAAUAUGACGAUCUACUACUACAAGUCAAACGUGACUUUCAGAGGAAUACCAGUGGUUCUAAACAUCACCGGUUCCAGCUGCUUCCUCAGGUGCAACAAGGAGGGAGAGAGAGUGUUUCUACAAGUGGAGACGUGCGAAAAACGCAGUCUGAGUAGGAUUUCCACGACCGAAGAGAACAAACUGUCCUACCUCUUCUACAUGAUUUCUGACUCGACAGCACACACCAAGUUUGAGUCAGCGCUGCACCUGGGAUGGUUCAUCCAAAUCCUCAACCAUGACUCAGCAGUGACAAUGAAAGAAAUGGAUGGAUGCGAGCAGGACCACACAUUUUUCUUUGUUAUUCAGAAAUGAUGGGGACGUCUUUGUCUUCCCAGUCAAGUA